UCAUGUGGGUGCUCCCUAGCUGGAAACAGGGAUGGAAUGGACUAGCAAUUGCAACAGCCUUGAAGGUCAAAAUACUUCAAAUUGAGUUCUCUUGUGGUAGUAUGGCAGCAGCGUUCCUAAAUGGCAAGGAUGCAAACUCUCUCCUCAAACGUUUUCCACGGGCUAAUGGCUUCCUGGAGGAGUUCCGGCCGGGCAACAUUGAGAGGGAGUGUGCCGAGGAGAGCUGCAGCUUUGAGGAGGCCAAUGAAGUGUUUGAAAAUAAAGAGCGAACGAUGGAGUUCUGGAAAAACCGCAGCAUCUACACAGUGAACAGUAAUGCUGAUUCUCGCUCGGAGCGGCCGGACGCUGUGUACAUGGUGGUGCCCCUACUGGGCGUGGCUCUCCUCAUCAUCAUCGCGCUCUUCCUCAUCUGGCGCUGUCAACUGCAGAAGGCCACACGUCGGCGUCCGGCCUACACCCAGAACCGCUAUCUGGCUAACCGUAACGCCCGCAGCCUCCCGCGCAUCCUGGUGCACCGGGACCCUCCCUCGCAUUCAGAGAACUCUCACUCCAAUGACAGGCCCAGUGUGGUGGUCAGCAGUGCAGAGAGGGGCGGGGCUUCAGUCACGCCACAAGACGCCCAUCAUCAUGCCAGCCACUCUCAGAACAAUCGCUCCCUGUACGUGCAAGAUUCGUCUUUGUCCGUGGCUUCCCACUUGUCUGGUGCAACCCCACCGCCUUCUUACGAGGAAGUUACCGGCCACUUAGAGAGCAGCAGCGAUGAGACGACAGCCCCCUACAGUGAUCCUCCACCCAAAUAUGAGGAGAUAGUGCUAGAAAAGUGA